CUCCUUUCAAGGCAGUUGUCUCUGUGUCUUGUCUCAUAUCUGAUUUAAACGAAGUCUUGGGUGCAGUGGCUGCUAUGUUGGACAGCACAGAUAUUAGGAUAGGUCUCCCGCGCAACCCCCACGGAACAGUUCUUUGUCAUUUCCAGAAGUUUAAUUCAUUCAGAAGAUCUGUAUGGAAUGUCUCCUCUAUGGUUAUGAGAAUAGAAUAGCCAGCAUAACAGUUUCAGAAUGGCUUCGGUUAUUGCCUUUCCUUGGUGUACUCGCACUGCUUGGCUACCUUGCAGUUCGUCCGUUUCUCCCAAAGAAAAAACAACAGAAGGAUAGCUUGAUUAAUCUUAAAAUACAAAAGGAAAAUCCCAAAGUGGUGAAUGAAAUAAACAUUGAAGAUUUGUGUCUUACUAAAGCAGCUUAUUGUAGGUGUUGGCGUUCUAAGACGUUUCCUGCCUGUGAUGGUUCACAUAAUAAACACAAUGAAUUGACAGGAGAUAAUGUGGGCCCACUAAUACUGAAGAAGAAAGAAAUCAAUAAGAAAAAUAUUGCUCGCAAGAAUUACUUGAGUUUUCAAAGAGAUAAACUCUUCUUUAUAGAGAUUGUGGUAUAAUGAAUAUAAAUAUCCCAAUUUCAUGGAAGACGUGAACUGGACAUAAAAAGUUCCAGCAAGGAACCAUUAUUUAU